CGGCGUCGCCGGGUGAGGCCCGCUCGGCCUCCCUUGCGAUGCUGUGUGAGGUUGGGCCCGCGGCCGUGCGGGAACCUAGCCCGGUGACCCGGGCUGGCCCUUGCCCUGCCCUUAGUCCCGGGUCCUGGCUCCAGAGGGAAGACGGGGAGCCGUGCCCAGGCCAUGGUGAAUCCCCCUUUUUCAGCGCCUUGGGCCUCCAUUGAUUCUGGGAGGGACUGUCCCCUCUUGAGCAGAUAAGGAAACCGCCCACCACCACCACUGAAUGGGAUCUCCAAGCUGUGGGGGUUCAGCACCGAAUCUCUUUUGUACUGGCCUCUCCUUCGCUCCCCGCGUCGUGUUCCGGAGCAGUAUAUUUCUAUUGGACAAUUCUACUCUAAGGAGAAUGAGAACGUGACAGUUGGUAAAAGCUGUAUUCUGACCUCUAACAUCACUAUUAGACCAGAAGCUAUUGACUUUAAGCAGGAAGCUCUGCAAAGGAUCAUUUCAACUCUGGCAAAUAAAAAUGAUGAAAUACAGAACUUUAUUGAUACUCUAAAUCAUACACUCAAAGGUGUUCAGGAAAAUUCUUCUAAUGUACUUGCAGAGUUAGAUGAAGAAUUCGAUAGUUUAUACUCUAUAUUGGAUGAGGUGAAAGAAGGUAUGAUCAAUAGUAUCAAGCAGGAACAAGCCCGUAAAUCACAAGAACUACAGAGUCAGCUUAGUCAAUGUCACAAUGCCCUGGAGAACUCUGAAGAACUACUAGAAUUUGCAACAAGGUCUUUAGAUAUAAAGGAAGCUGAAGAGUUUUCAAAGGCUGCCAGACAGAUCAAGGAUAGAGUCACAAUGGCUUCAGCCUUUCGCCUUUCUUUGAAACCAAAGGUCAGUGACAACAUGACUCACCUAAUGGUGGAUUUCUCUCAGGAAAGACAGAUACUGCAAACGUUGAAGUUUUUGCCAGUCCCCAAAGCUCCAGAGAUUGAUCCGGUAGAGUGUUUGGUGGCUGACAACUCUGUCACGGUAGCUUGGAGAAUGCCAGAAGAAGAUAAUAAGAUUGACCACUUCAUGUUGGAAUAUAGGAAAACUAAUUUUGAUGGACUUCCACGUGUAAAGGAUGAACGUUGCUGGGAGCUUGUUGAUAAUGUUAAGGGUACUGAGUACACAUUGUCAGGCUUAAAAUUUGAUUCAAGAUAUAUGAAUUUCAGAGUGCGAGCUUGUAAUAAGGCUGUGGCUGGAGAGUUUUCUGACCCAGUGACUCUGGAAACUAAAGCACUUAACUUCAGUUUGGAUAACACUUCAUCCCAUUUGAACUUGAAAGUUGAAGAUUCCUGUGUAGAGUGGGAUCCUACUGGAGGAAAAGGCCAAGAAAGUAAAAUUAAAGGAAAAGAGAAUAAGGGCAGAAGUGGUACACCGUCCCCCAAACGGACAUCCGUAGGCUCCAGGCCACCGGCAGUAAGAGGCGGCAGAGACCGUUUCACUGGGGAAUCCUAUACAGUGCUGGGAGAUACUGCCAUUGAAAGUGGACAACAUUAUUGGGAGGUCAAGGCACAGAAGGACUGUAAAUCCUACAGUGUGGGAGUAGCAUAUAAAACUUUGGGGAAAUUUGACCAGUUGGGAAAGACAAACACUAGUUGGUGUAUCCAUGUCAACAAUUGGUUACAAAACACAUUUGCUGCAAAACAUAAUAAUAAGGUCAAAGUUUUGGAUGUUCCUGUUCCUGAGAAAAUAGGUGUAUUUUGUGAUUUUGAUGGGGGUCAGCUUUCUUUCUAUGAUGCAAACUCCAAACAAUUGCUUUAUUCCUUUAAGACAAGAUUUACUCAGCCAGUUCUACCUGGAUUCAUGGUUUGGUGUGGUGGACUUUCUUUGAGUACUGGAAUGCAGGUCCCAAGUGCCGUGAGAACCCUUCAGAAAAGUGAAAAUGGAAUGACUGGUUCAACUGGCAGCCUGAACAAUGUUACUCAGUGAUGCCGACUCAGAACGUGUUUACCUUCGCUCUGGACUGGAUGGCCUUUCUUGUGCAGUUGCUAAUCACAAGAACUUGUGAAUGGUAGAGAACAGACUUGCUAUAUUCUGCUUUACGGCCUGAAACCUGUUAGCAUUCAGCAUCUAGAGAGCAUUCCCAGGAGCUACUGUGCAGCACCA